AUGCCUCCACCGGCAAAGAAACUUGGUACCCUCAUCGUGGUGGUGAUGAAGGGAAAGAACCUACCGAACCGAGUAAAACUCGGGAAACAGGAUCCGUAUUGUAUUUGUCGUAUUGCGCAUGAUGCGAAGAAGACGAAUACACAUAAGAGAGGAGGACAAAACCCAGAAUGGGACCACGAACUGCGAUUCGAGAUCAUGGAUUCCGCGGAUCAUAAAUCUAUGAAACUUUCGGUAUUCAACGACGACUCCAAAAGCCCGGAUUUGGUGGGUGAUACGGUUGUCGACCUGAAGGAGACACUGCGGAAGGGGGAGUUUGACGAUUGGGUGGAGUUGAGGUAUAAGGAGCGGUACGCGGGUGAGAUCUAUAUGGAGAUGACGUUUUAUAGUGCG